UUCUUUUUUCUUGCGCCUUCAUCGGUUUGUUGUUGGGAAUCUUGCGUCAAGACUUUGUGGUCGUUUUCUCUGCAUUCUGCCUCGUUUGAGAGGGUGAGGAUGCGAGCUCCAUAAUGUGGCGAUUUGGAAAGGGAUGUUUAUGAUGAUCGAUGAUCAGUCCGGAGAGAGCGUAUGGUGUUAUCAAAGCGCCGCAAAUUCUGGGCUGGAAUGGCCUGGCCCCGAGGAUUCAUUGGCCGCAAACGGUAUGUUGAUUUGUACAGUUCGGUAUGUGUACUGUGCCUCGGUGGAGAUCUUCUGCCCGAUCUCAAGGGCCCACUGGGUACAGAUCGCAUUCGAUGGAAGAUGUGCUGAGUUUCUUAUCAGUUGCUCUGAAGGUGGUGGUGGUGGUGGUGGUGGUGGUGUUGUAGGUGUAAUUCGAGUUUAGGAAAUGAAACCUGUCGAACAGUGAUGUUUGAAUAUUCGAGGAAGAAUGAAAGCAGUCAGUCAAUAAGGCGGUGGUCAAUAAUAAAAUAAUACUAGUCAUAAUACCAAUUAAUGUAAC